AUGAAGGUCUUCAUCCUUGCCUGCCUUGUGGCACUUGCUCUUGCAAGAGAGAAGGAUGCAUUUACUGUAUCCUCUGAGACUGAUAGUAUUUCCAGUGAGGAAAAUGAACACAUCAGCGAGAAACUUCAGAAGGUGAAUCCCAUGGGACAGCUGCAUGCAGAGGAUGUGCUCCAGGCUAAAGUUCACCCCAGCAUCCAGUCACAACCCCAGUCCUUUCCAUAUGCUCAGACCAUCUCUUGCAGCCCCCUCCCACAAAGCGUCCAGCCUAUUGCUCAACCACCUGUGGUGCCAUCUGUUGGGCCUGUCAUUUCUCCUGAACUGGAAUCCUUCCUGAAAGCUAAAGCCAGCAUCCUUCCCAAGAGCAAACAGAUGCCCUUCCUUAACUCUGAAACUGUGCUCUUUAACUCUCAAAUCCCCAGCCUUGCCGACCUUGCUAAUCUGCACCUUCCUCAGUCUCUGGUCCAGCUCCUGGCACAGGCUGUGCAGGCUUUUCCUCAGUCUCCCGUGGUGGUUUCUUCUCAGCCCCAGCUGUCUCUUUCUCAGUCCAAAAUUCCGUACCUCCUGCAGCAAGUAGCAUCCCUCCUUCCACAAGAUAUGUCUGCCCAAGACCUUCUGCAGUACCUAGAACUUCUGCUUAACCCCACCCUCCAGUUCCCUGCUACUCAACAACUUCAUUCCGUUUCUGUCAAUUUUCAUUUCAAUGUGUAG